AUCCUUCGUUGUGAACAGGAGCACUUCAACUCAGUAUACGCUUAGGUUGAUGUUCUCAGCGUAGACAAAUUGCUUUUUUGUGACAAAUUUUAGGAUUGAAAGCAACAUGUGACUUUUGGAGCACGCUCUCCACCCACCGCCUCUGUAAAAUCCCUGCAUCCAUCCAUCCAUUGAAAUCCUUCCCUUUGCUUCGUUACAAGACAAUGUCUGCCGAAUUCGCCAUCGUCUAUGCUGCCCUCAUCCUCCAGGAUGACGGUAUUGAAAUCACCGCUGACAAGCUUUCCACCCUUGUCAAGGCUGCCAACGUUGAGGUUGAGCCCGUCUGGUUCUCCCUCUACGCUAAGGCUCUCGCUGGCCAAGACCUCGCUGGUCUUCUCAUGAACAUUGGUUCCGCUGGCUCUGCUGCCCCUGCUGCUGGUGGUGCUGCUGCCGCUGCCGGUGGUGCUGCUGAGGAGGCUGCCGUUGAAGAGAAGGAGGAGGAGAAGGAGGAAUCUGAUGACGAUAUGGGCUUCGGUCUCUUCGAUUAAACAAUCAAACCACCCCAAUAUCCCAGCUUCUGGACAUAAUAAAAAUUCAAAUGAGGCAGCAUAUGAAGAUUUUUGCUGGCGUACAUACAAAUCACAUUACGUUUCAAUGACUAACAGUGGUGGCGGGCGAAUCAUGUUACAAGAGGAGAUAUUAAGGGAGGGGGUAUACUACGUUAUGUUACAGCAGUGAAGGACCUUCUUUGCCAUUGUUGUUUAGUUCGUCAAUCUGUUGUUGCAGUUGAUCUAAAAGAAUCAUAUUGAGCAACCAUCAAGUG